AUGAGACUCUGGGAAGCCGCGGAAGAUGAUAUUACCUUCACGGAGAAAGAUGCUGACAGACUUCUUCUACCACAUAAUGAUGCUCUGGUAAUCUCCCUUAAUGUUUUAGAUUUCAAAAUUAAGCGUGUUUUGGUUGACCCAGGAAGCUCAUCCAACGUCAUCCAAUGGAGAGGACUGGAGCAAUCAAAGCUGACCGAAAGCAUCAUUCUAGUGACAAAGUUCUUAACUGGAUUCAACUUGACAAGUGUGACAACCCGAGGAGAGAUCUCGCUGCCCACGAACACCGAAGGGGUAACCAAGACCACUUUAUUCGGAGUGGUAGAUGGUGACAUGGGCUACAAUGUAAUCCUCGGGAGGCCGUGGAUACACGAGAUGAAGGCCAUACCCUCAAUAUAUCACCAGUUAUUGAAAUUCCCAAUGCUGCAAGAAGUUAAACCAAUAAGAGGAGAUCAACCGGCGGCAAAGGAGAUGAAUGCGGUAACUAUUUCCAGCAGAAAGGGAAAGAAUCCAACAAAAUAG